AUGCUUAGAACGUCAAGACUGAUCCAGAAAAGUUCUCAAUACUUGAACUCGCGGUCUAUUAGCUCUAAAGUUAUUGGUAUAGACUUGGGUACAACAAAUAGUGCAGUGGCAUACAUUAGAGACUCCAGUGACAGAAGAUCUGCUACAAUAAUUGAAAAUGAUGAGGGUCAACGUACAACACCAUCUGUAGUAGCAUUCGAUAAGAGUGGCAAAGCCAUUGUCGGUGCUGCUGCUAAGAGACAAGCGGCUAUAAACCCAAGAAACACAUUCUUCUCAACAAAGAGGUUGAUCGGUCGGCAAUACGACGAUCAAGAAGUUCAAAGAGAUAUUAAAACACUUCCGUAUGAGGUUUGCAAGUCUGAAGUAAAUGGACAAGCCUAUGUAAGGACCACACAGGGUGAAUCAAAGUCACCCAGUGAAAUAGGGUCGGUCAUAUUGGAAUAUCUGAAGAACUCGGCGAAGGUCUAUUUAAACGAGGAUGUGGAUAAGGCAGUGGUUACAGUUCCGGCUUAUUUUAAUGAUUCGCAAAGACAAGCAACUAAAGAUGCUGGAAGGCUUGCUGGGUUGAAAGUUUUGAGAGUGGUGAACGAACCUACAGCUGCUGCUCUAAGUUUUGGCAUAGAUGAUGAAAAAAAUUCUGGUAUAAUAGCAGUUUAUGAUCUUGGCGGUGGAACGUUUGAUAUAUCCAUCCUAGACAUCGAAGACGGUGUCUUCGAAGUCAGGGCUACCAACGGGGACACUCAUCUAGGGGGAGCUGACUUCGACGAGAUUGUUGUUACACAUAUAAUAGACUCAUUUUUGGAGAAGAACGCUGAAAUAAAUGGUAAUACAUUGAAGCAAAAUGGUGAAGUAAUGCAAAGAAUUAGGGAGGCAGCUGAAAAGGCUAAAAUUGCGCUUUCACACACCACGACAACCACGAUUGAUAUCCCAUUUAUCUACGAGAACAAGCAUAUCCAUUUGACAAUGAAGGAGAGCGAACUGGAUGAUAUGACGAUGCAUUUGAUUAAGCUUACGAUAGACCCAGUGAAGAAAGCUUUAAAGGAUGCGGACGUGGAGCCCGAAGAUGUUGAUGACCUUAUUCUUGUGGGUGGUAUGACUCGAAUGCCAAAAGUCAGAUCAGUAGUCAAAGAUCUAUUUGGGAAGGAGCCUAACACUUCUGUGAACCCAGACGAAACUGUUGCAUUGGGUGCCGCUAUCCAAGGUGGUGUCUUGUCAGGAGAAAUCAAGAAUGUUUUACUGCUUGACGUUACGCCUUUAACUCUUGGUAUCGAAACAUAUGGUGGCGCAUUUUCACCUCUAAUCCCUCGAAACACCACAGUUCCUGUUAAGAAGACAGAAGUUUUUAGCACCGGUGUCGACGGACAAUCUGGCGUGGAUAUUAAAGUAUAUCAGGGGGAGAGAGGCCUAGUGCGCGACAACAAGAUGAUUGGUGAUUUCAAGCUGACAGGGAUCACUCCUUUGCCUAAAGGUGUACCUCAAAUUUUUGUCACAUUUGAUAUUGAUGCUGAUGGUAUAAUUAACGUCUCAGCAUCGGAGAAAAGUAGUGGUAAAGAGGAAUCGAUUACAGUAAUCGCUAAUUCAGGUCUGACGGAAGAUGAGAUAAAUAAAAUUGUGGAAGAUGCCAACGCAAACAAACAGAUGGAUAACAUAAUCAGACAAAGAAUAGAGCUCAUCACAAAAGCUGAUAUUAUGAUUACUGACUCGGAGAAUGCGUUUGAAAACUAUAAAGACAUAAUAUCUCUUGAUGAGUCUUAUCCAGAAGUUCUUAGUGACCUACACAAGGUUCGCAGAAUAAUAAAUGAUUUCAAAAAGAACGAAUCCAACCUGGCUUAUGACGUAAAUGACAUCAAAAGAGCUACAGACGCCUUCCAAAACCGGGCAUUGCAACUGUUCCAGCAAGCUUCGAAAAAGCAAGCUGAGCUGAAGAAGAAAUAA